AUGCAUUAUGCUCGAUACAUCUUCAUUCGCAUUUUGCGGUCUAAAGCAGUUGCACAGUGUCACUAUGUCGGACGUGUGCUUUUUAGUAAACAUCUUCUUUUAACGAACGUUGGGAUUUCAUCGUUCUCAUCAGCAUUGGGUGAUUUUAUUGAGCAACAGUACGAGAUUGUGCAGAAUGAGAAACGAAAAUGGGAUAAAAUCCGGACUUACAAUAUGACAGUAUCAGGCAUUACUGUAGGAAUUUUGUGCCACUAUACAUAUCAUUACUUGGAUAUCUUGUAUCCUGGACGCACACUCAGAAAUAUUAUCAAGAAAGUUCUUAUUGAUCAAAUUGUAUGUUCUCCUUUAUGUAUAGGGUUAUUUUUUGGAACUCUUGCUGUGCUUGAGAAAUCUGACUGGGACACAUAUAAGGAUGAAGUAAUUGAAAAAGGUUGGAGAUUAUACUUUGCUGAGUGGAUGGUGUGGCCACCUGCACAACUUGUAAACUUCUACAUUGUGCCUCCAAAAUUUAGAGUCCUGUAUGAUAAUCUUAUUUCAUUAGGAUUUGAUAUUUAUACAUCAUAUAUAAAACAUGAGGUGGAUUCGAAAGAGAAUUGA